CAUAGUGACAUCGCGCUGUCAGAAAGAGAACUCGUUCACAACUUCACAGUUCACGUAUUUGUCUUCCAUUUUGUUUUUGUUAACAAUAUUCUCACGUGUGCAAUGCAUUGUAAAACAAAAUAAUCAUGGCUAUGCUAGCGGGACCUCGCCGUAAACAAAAAGUAAUAAAUUUACGAGCUAAGAACAAUGCGUGGAGUGAAGAUACAACGAAGUUUGGUCAGCGAAUGCUGGAGAAAAUGGGAUGGAGUGCGGGAAAGGGGUUAGGUGCUAAAGAAAAUGGAAUUGUAGAACAUGUUGUAGCCAGAUACAAGAAUGAUGAUAGAGGAUUGGGUUUCGAAGACAGGAACGAUCAGUGGACAAAACAUGAGGAUGACUUCAAUUCAUUAUUAGCUAAUUUAUCCAAUGGCAGCAGUAAAGAUGAUGAAAAAUUACACAGCGGAGUAUCACUUGAAGUGAAGUCAAAGACGAGUAAAGCAAGAGUACACUAUCACAAGUUUACAAGAGGAAAGGAUUUAACUCGCUACAGUGAAAAGGAUUUAGCUAACAUUUUUGGUAAAAAGACUUUAAAAAGUGAAAAUAAGUCAACUACUGAAGAAAAAGUUGAAACCAGUGAUGAGAAGGAUGAAAAAGACUCCACACCAGUUGAUAAAGUGUUUAAAGAAGGAGGUAGCAUGGAAGAUUACUUCAAAAGUAAACUGGCCGCAAUGAAAUCUAAAAAUAAACUUAACAUACAAAAUAACACUACAAAUGAUGAUGAAAACACUGACUAUUCAUUCCGAGGCUUCUCAGGAACUAUGGAUAGAGAGGAUGAGGAAGAAACUCAUCAAGGAUUUGGUUUCCAAUCGUUUUCUUUAGCUAACACAGAAGAGAAUGAAACUGCUGAUAAUGAAAAUAAUGAAAACUUAGUUGAGAGUAAAAAGAAGAAGAAAAAAAAGAGGAAACAGCAAGAUGAAGAACCAGUAGCCAGUGAGAUUGUAGAUGAUGAGAAUACUCCCAUAGAACCUGAUUCCAAUGUAGAAGACACACAAAAGAGUAAAAAAUCAAAAAAGAAAAAGAAGAAAGAUUUUGAGGAAAGUAUAACAGAACCUGUAGAACCUGAGCAAACUGUAGAGGAACCCGUUGAAACUAAAAAAUCUAAAAAGAAAAAAGAUAUUGAUAUUGACGCUACCACUGAACAUGUAACUGAAGAUUAUGUCCCUAAAAAAAAGAAAAAGAGGAAAGAUAAGGGUACUGAAUAAAUAUUUAUAAAUUGUUUUAUUA